AUGGGAUCAAAUCUUGCACCGCUCGAUAUCUUUGGAAUUAUUACUGGAAUUUGGGCUUUGAUUGCGAUUGUUGGGAACCUGAUUGUUCGAUCUUCAUGGGAAUCCAGUGAGGUGUAUCGGGUCUGUAUCACAAUGACAUGCUUCUGCUGCUGGCUUCACUGGCUCCUUUGCUGGAUGCACCAGUAUCAGCCUCUCAUGGGCCCAACACUGUCAAAAGAAAUGGUGGAAAUCGUCUCCUGGACUUGGGAAAACAAAUGA